AUGCGGUUUCUCAAAGUGAGCACUUUGGUUUGUCCACCAGAGCGAGAUGACGUCGCUGACCACAAACACAACCACGACCUCGUCGUCAUUGUGAAAUCAACUGUCUACAACUUCGACGACAGACAAAAAUUUCGCAGACUCUACGCUCAUCUGCGAAAUGAGAGUAGCGCUAAACCACAUAAUCGCAAAGGAGUAGUGUUCGUGGUGGGUCUGCCCACAACCACAAGCAGCAAUUCAUUCCAACGCGAUGGUUUCAACAUCUCACUGCCCGGUCGCGCCGGCAACUCGCUCGUCAACAUUGCAAACCGCCGCGCCCAGAUUCGAACUCGACUGGAGCAGGAGAUGCGUGAACACGAUGAUCUCAUUGUGGCCGACUUCGAGGACACCUACUACAAUCUGUUUCUGAAGAUGCAUCACACAUUCGUGUGGGCGGCCAGGUUCUGUCGCGAACGUCCUGCCUUCAUGUUCCUCGACGACGACAUUGGUUUCAAUGAGAAGCGCCUGCAGGCUGUGCUGGCCACUCUGCCGGUUGAUUGGCGGCGCACGGUUUCUAUUUCGAGUACUCGCUGGAAUAGUCCCACAGUGCGUUCCACGGACACUACGGCCGUCCGAAAAUGGGCCCUGUCGAAGCGGGAACUUCCGUGGCCAGUGCAUGCUCCCUACAGCAAUGGAUACUUUUACAUGCUUGGUUACGAUCACGUGGCGGAUCUGGCUUUGGCCAUGUUCUACACUAAGCGCAUUCCCAUUGACGAUGCGUGGUUGGGUCUGGUGAUGCAUAGGAUUGGUCUUCAGUUCGAGUUGCCAUCUGGGAUCGUGUACUCCUUGAAACAUCAGGAAAAUGUCACCGGCUAUAUCGCCUUGCCCCUCCAAUCUCUCCGCAGCACAUCUGUAUGGUGA